UACUGUUUAGGGAAUUUUGGCUUUGAAACAUCCUUACUUCGGAACCCAUACGCAAAGCAAACCACCUAUACACGUAGGAAUUCUUCACCCGCCGGAGCUCUUCUUUUCCUACCAUUAUAUCCCGCCGACGCAACCCUUUAGAGCGGCGCUUCUCUUCCAGAGAGCAUAUCUUCUCCAACCAUCAUCUAUCCGCCGGUGCUUCUCAUCUUCAAUUCCAAGGGAGAAGGAUCAAGAGAUUUAUCUUAAUCAAAAUAGAAUAAAUUCACAAAACAUGAAAGUUGUUCAUAGAGACUUCAUUCGCAAUGGUCCUGGUAGCAUCAAGAUGGUUGCUGAGGAAGCAGACGAUUUGUGGAUUGUAUAUAAUUUGAUAGCGGAGGGUGACACUGUGUUAGCUUCAACUGUUAGGAAAGUCUUAAGGGAGUCUGCUUCUGGAGGAAGAGAAGCAGAGCGAGUGAAAUUAAAAUUACAGAUAAAAGUUGAGGCUGUGGAGUAUGAUAAAGAAGAUUUUGCCUUGCGUAUACGGGGUAAGAACAUUCUGGAGAAUGAACAUGUUAAGAUUGGGGCAUUUCACACUCUAGAAAUUGAGCUGCACAGACCUUUCAUUUUGGGGAAGGAGGUCUGGGACUCACUUGCCCUGGAGGUUCUUCGUCAAGCUUCGGAUCCUGCUGCAAGUGCUGAUCUGGCCGUUGUUUUGAUGCAAGAAGGUCUGGCACAAAUAUUUCUAGUUGGUAAAAGUGUAACAGUUACUCGUACCCGGAUUGAGACUUCAAUUCCUCGGAAGCAUGGCCCUGCUGUAGCAGGUUAUGAUAAAGCUCUAAAUAAGUUCUUUAAUAAUCUUGUGGAUGCUUUCGUUAAGCACAUUGAUUUCAAGUUGGUUCGCUGUGCAGUAAUAGCAAGUCCAGGAUUCACUAAGGAUCAAUUUCACCGUCAUUUGCUGUUAGAAGCAGAGAGGAAGCAAUUGCGACCUAUAAUCGAGAACAAAUCACGGAUAAUUCUUGCACAUACUACCUCAGGAUACAAGCAUAGUUUGAGAGAAGUUCUGGAUGCCCCCAAUGUAAUGAGUAUGAUUAAAGAUACUAAAGCGGCUAAGGAGGUACAAGCCCUCAAGGAUUUCUUCAACAUGCUUUCAAAUGAGCCUGAUCGUGCAUGCUAUGGACCAAAACAUGUUGAAGUCGCUCAUGAGCGAAUGGCUAUCCAAACACUUCUCAUUACAGAUGAACUCUUCAGGAACUCUGAUAUAGCAACGAGGAAAAAAUAUGCCAAUUUGGUCAACGGAGUCAAGAAUUCAGGAGGCACUGCACACAUCUUUUCCUCUAUGCAUGUCUCAGGAGAACAACUAACACAGUUAAGUGGUAUUGCUGCAAUUCUUCGGUUUCCUUUGCCCGACCUGGAUGACAUCGAGAUGUGACGCAGAGGUGGCUUGGCGUGCUUUGUGACAUUCUGCUCCCUAAUGCAUAUCAGCAUAUGCUGUAACAUAUAAUGCCUCAAAGACGGCUUUUAUUAGGUCACAUCAUUUAUACCAUAGAUUUUCCAUACGAGCCUAUGAAAUGUAGCCAUAAUUAAGUUUGACAGUUAUCCCUGAGCUCAAUUUGUUUGAGUUGUUGUAAUUUGCUAAAAGAAAAGUAUUCUUUCACUAAGUUUAUUAUACCAAAUUUAGUCAGACUAAUAAAUAAUUUAUAGAAUGUAAAUGAAGUCAAAC